AUGCCCACCGUGCGCCAGCUUGCCGGUCUCGACUCGCACGGCGCUGCCUCUGCCGCGCGGCAGGAGCUGCGCUCCGCAGCCGCCACAUAUGUCGCUGCGCAGCGGCACAAGCUGGCGCUCGAGCGCGCCGAGACGCAAGCUGCGCUGCUCGAGCGAUCACGAUGGCGCACGCCUCGGCUCGUCGCCGCCGGCUACGCCCUCGACGGCCUGCAAGCCUACUGGCGUGCUCAGCGGCGCUACGGCAAGCGCAUCGCCGUCUUCACGCGGCCUGCGCGCGCCGCAUUCCCGUGGACGCGGCUGCAGGCUGGCGACGGCUGCGUCGUGGUGGCGAGCGCGGCGCGCAGCAAGUGCUUUGCGGAUGCGGAUGCCCGCCUGGCUACGCAAGCGCCCGACGAGCCAGCAUCGCCAUUGCCGGCAGUCAGCGGGCUGCCAGCGACGGUGCUCUCCAUCACGCCCGACCGUCUCACGCUAGCCUUCGAUGGCGUCGCCGCGCUGGCGGACCUGGAGCGCGGCAACGAGACAUGGUGCGUCGUGCAGGGCGAGAACACGCUCGUGCACGAACGCACAGACGCGGCACUGCAGUGCCUGGCACACGAUGUGGCCAGUCAGGAAGGCGCGACAAGGGAACUGCCGAGCGGCGAGGAGGCCGAGGUGGUGCUGCGAGGCACGCGACUCGCCGAUGUGCUGCUGGGCCUGGCGCCUGCGCAGGCGCCUGGGCUCUUCGAGCAUGACAUGCGCAUUCGCAGCUGGGUUCAGCGACGUUUGCAGCCGGCAGGCACGCUUCGCGUCGAAGGCGACCCCGACCUGGGCCUCAAUGAGAGCCAGGAAAGAGCCGUGGCGAUGAUGCUGGGCAAUCGGCUGAGCUUGGUGCAAGGCCCGCCCGGAACAGGCAAGACGCGCACCAUCGUCGCGGCGAUGAAGCUGCUCAAGCUGCAUUUCGAAGUGCCUCAUCCCAUCCUUCUCUGCGCCCACACAAACGUCGCAGUCGACAAUCUCGCCCUCGGCGCGCAGCGCGCAGGGCUGCGCGUCGUGCGUGCCGGUCCCUCUGCGCGAGUGCGCGACGAGCUGCGAGGCUGUACCCUCGACGAACUCGUCGAGGCGCAUCCCCAGAAACGCCAGCUCGAUGAGCUACGCCUGGCACUUGCGCGCACGCGAGCUGAGCUUGCUGCGCUGGAGGCUGCGAAGCGCAAGGGCGAGCUGCAGGGUGGCAGGGGGGCGUGGAAGGGCGACUUCGAGGUGGACCAGUUCGACGGCGCCGCGCCCGUGAGCGAUGCCACGGCCCCGCAACUCAAGGCUCGCAUCGCAAAGCAGCACGGUCGCGCAUUCAUGCUCGAGCAGCAGAUCCUCUCCUCGAUCCUGCGCUCCGCCGAUGUCAUUUGCUGCACUGCACUCGCCUCCGCCUCGGCAGCACUGAGGGCGCUGGACUUUCCGCUCGUCUUCUUCGACGAAGGAAGCAUGGCCACUGAAGCGGUGUCGCUCGUGCCUCUCAUGAAGGGCUGUGCGCAGCUGGCCCUCAUCGGCGAUCACCGACAGCUGCCGCCCGUCGUCACGAGUGCCGCCGCACGUCGCGAAGGCCUGGCCCUCUCGCUCUUCGAGCGGCUGCUGCGUCGCGCAGACGUGCCGAGCACGAUGCUGGACACGCAGCACCGCAUGCAUCCGCAUCUCGCCGCCUUUCCAAAUGCGGCCUUCUACAACGGCGCACUGCACGACGGAGCACCUACGCUUGCAAUUCCGGCGCUUCAGUCGCGCUUCUUGCCAGCGGAGGCAGGCGGCAGGAUGGCCUUCGUGACGCACUCUGCGCGCGAGACGCGCGCGGACAAGUCGCUCGUCAACCUUGGCGAGGCGGCGCUGCUGGCGCGCAUCGUCGUCGAUGUGCUCGUGCGCAACGCCGGCCUGCGAGGGCGCGACAUUGGCGUCGUCGUGCCGUACGCUGCGCAGGUGCGCCUCUUGCGCCGCAUGCUGCAGGAGCGCGAGAGCGAAGAGCACGCGGCGCUGCUGGCGCUCUUUGCAAAGGAAGAAGGCGGGCGAGGGCGUGCGGCGGAGGCAAAGGAAAUCGAGGUGCACACCGUCGAUGGCUUCGAGGGCCGCGAGAAGCGCCUCAUCCUCUUUGGCUCCGUGCGCAACAGCAGCAGCAGCACUGCUGCCGACGCCGCAGGCUACGUCGGCUUUCUGGCGGACGUGCGCCGCCUCUGCGUGGCGCUCACGCGCGCCCAAGCGGCGCUCAUCGUCGUCGGCCACCUGCCCACGUGGAGGGCGGCGCGUGUGGGCGCGGCGGGCGCGGAGCUGCUGGCGUCUGCUGGCGCGCCCGAGGAUGCACAGCUCGGCUGCCAGAUGCUGCGCCGCUUCGCCGACUGGGCGGAGCAGUGCGGCGCCGUCGUAGUGUGCGAUCAAGAGACGGCGCCGGCGCUGCGUGACGAUGCGCACGAGCUCGACUUGUUCGGCAUGUAA